GAGGCACAGGGGAGUGCGUGGUGCCAGAGGACCAGGAGGCUUCCGGACCCCAUGGCAGUUGGCCCCUUGGAGCAGCAGUUGGGCAGCCUCACCAUCUUCACCCGUGAUGAUUUUGAGGAAGAAUGGCACCUAGUAGCCAGUGGUGGCUUCAGCAAGGUGUUCCAGGCGAGGCACAAGCGCUGGAGGACCCAGUAUGCCAUCAAGUGCUCCCCGUGCCUGCAGAAGGAAAUCACCAGCUCUGAGGUGAGCUGCCUCUUUGAAGAAGCAGCCAAAAUGGAGAAGAUUAAGUUUCAAUACAUCGUGUCCAUCUAUGGGGUCUGCAAGCAGCCCCUGGGCAUCGUGAUGGAGUUAAUGGCCAAUGGUUCCCUGGAGAAGACACUACCUACCCACAGCCUCUGCUGGCCACUCAAGCUCCGCAUCAUCCACGAGACCAGCUUGGCCAUGAACUUCCUCCACAGCAUUAAGCCACCCCUGCUCCACCUAGACCUUAAGCCAGGCAACAUCCUGUUGGACAACAACAUGCAUGUCAAGAUUUCAGAUUUUGGCCUGUCCAAGUGGAUGGAGCAGUCAACCCAGAAGCAGUACAUUGAGAGAUCAGCUCUGAGAGGCACACUCAGCUACAUCCCUCCUGAAAUGUUCCUGGAGAAUAACAGGGCUCCAGGUCCUGAAUAUGAUGUGUACAGUUUUGGGAUUGUCAUCUGGGAGAUCCUCACUCAGAAGAAACCCUAUGCAGGGCUCAACAUGAUGACCAUUAUCAUCCGAGUAGCUGCAGGCAUGAGGCCUUCCUUGCAGGAUGUCUCUGCUGAGUGGCCACAGGAGGUCCAUCAGAUGGUGGAUCUGAUGAAGCGCUGCUGGGACCAAGACCCCAAGAAGAGGCCAUGCUUCUUAAAUGUGACCAUCGAGACAGACAUGCUGUUGUCCCUGUUCCAGAGCCCUGUGGUAGACCCUGAGUGUGAAGCUCUGACCCGGAAGGUGUCAUGCAAGCCAUCCCUGAGCCAGCCCCACAAGGUCAGCAAGGAGGUCAACCAGGAGAUUGAAGACAGUGCGGACUCAGGUGACUCCUUGAAAUGGGUCCUGCAGCUCUCUGACAGCAAGAGCUUGGUCCUCAGUGAUGUCUAUGAGAACAAGGUGACUCCCCUACACUUUCUAGUGGCCCAGGGCAGCUUGGAACAAGUGAGGCUGCUGCUGUCCCAUGCGGUUGAUGUAGACUGCCAAACAGCCUCUGGCUAUACACCACUCCUCAUUGCUACCCAGGACCAGCAGUCUGACCUCUGUGCCCUGCUCCUGGCACAUGGUGCUGAUACUAACCUGGCAGACGAAGAUGGCUGGGCCCCACUUCAUUUUGCAGCCCAGAAUGGUGAUGACCACAUUGCCCGUCUGCUCUUGGACCAUGGGGCCCUAGUGAAUGCAUGGGAGCAUGAGGGCUGGACCCCGCUCCACCUGGCUGCACAGAACAACUUUGAAAAUGUGGCACGACUUCUGGUCUCUCGUCAGGCUGACCUCAGUCCACAUGAGGCUGAAGGCAAGACACCCCUCCAUGUUGCUGCCUACUUUGGCCACAUUGGCUUGGUCAAGCUUCUAUCAGGACAGGGAGCUGAGUUGGAUGCUCAGCAGAGAAACCUAAGGACACCCCUGCAUCUGGCAGUGGAGAGGGGGAAAGUGAGAGCAAUCCAGCACUUGCUAAAACGUGGGGCAUUCCCUGAUGCCCUUGACCACAGUGGCUACAGCCCAUUGCACAUUGCUGCAGCCAGGGGCAAGUACCUUAUCUUUAAGAUGCUUCUCAGAUAUGGAGCCAGCCUUGAGCUACGCACACAACAGGGAUGGACACCCUUGCACCUAGCAACAUACAAGGGCCACCUGGAGAUCAUCCAUCUGUUAGCCAAGAGCCAUGCAAACCUAGAUUCUCUUGGAAGUAUGCAAUGGACUCCCCUGCAUCUGGCUGCCUUCCGUGGGGAAGAGGGGGUGAUGCUGACACUGCUGCAGUGUGGGGCCAACCCCAAUGCUGCUGAGCAGUCAGGCUGGACUCCUCUCCACCUAGCAGUGCAUAAGGGGACCUUCCUGGGCAUCAUCCACCUUCUGGAGUAUGGUGCUGACAUCCAUGCUUGCAACAGAGUGGGCUGGACACCUGCCCACCUGGCUGCUCUCAAGGGCAACACAGCCAUCCUCAAAGUUCUAGCCAAAGCUGGUGCACAGCUAGAUGUCAAGGAUAGAGUUGGCUGCACACCCCUGCAGCUGGCCCUCCGCAGCCCAAAGCAGAGCAUAGUGGCCUUCUUGCAGAGCAAGGAGCCUUCACUAGCUAUUCUGGGAGUUUCUGAGCCUGAACCCCAUAAAGAAGAUUAGGUGGACCAGGGUUCCUUUGCUUGGAAGGGGAGAGGCUUAUGAAAAUGAAACUUGUCAUCUGAGAGGCCACUUCCCAGUGGCCCCUUUGACCUUGAGAGGAACCAGUAUCUUAGGUGACAGAAGGAAGCUGAGGGGUUUCAGUGAGCUGGGGACGCUACUGACUGCCAGGGAAACUAAUCCUAGCUCCCCUCCAGUCAUCCCUGAACCAGCCAUGUUCUCCCUUUUCUUUAGAUGAGCUCAUGUGUCCAAGAUAAGCUUUGCCUCUAGCCUUAAGACUUCUGCCACCGUUUGCUGCUUUCCUUUGAAUAAUGGAGCCCUGUGUCCCAAGAAACUCCCAAAAUAAAGAAAAAGCCUCAAAAUGAGGAGAAAUGGC